AUGUGUGGCUAUACGCAAGAGGAGAAUCUGAUACGCCUGCAGAAGUGUCUAAAAGGGAAGGCUUACGAAGCGGUUAAGUGUAGAUUGAUGCAUCCUGCCAACGUUCUGGGAAUUAUAUCUACUCUGAAGAUGCUGUACGGAAAUCCAGAGAUUAUCGUGCAGAAUAUGGUGACCAAGAUCCAUGCUACUCCAGCUCCGAAAGCGGAUAGGUUGGAUCGAGGGUUGGAUACACUCAUCGAGUUUUCGCUGGCUGUGCAGAACCUGUGUGCUACGAUCGACGCAUGCCAAUUGGAGGAGUAUUCGUACAACGUUGCCCUGUUGCAUGAACUUGUGGAUAAGCUUCCUUCAGGGUUCAAAGUGGAAUGGGCUAAACAUCGUCGAACUAUACCACGGGUGAAUCUCGAGGCAUUUUCGAAGUGGCUGUACGAUGGAGAGACGUCCUGCAAGCUGGAAGACAAACUGCAUCAUCAAGUGAAGAGUGGCCCAGCCGGCUCCGACUCCAAGACGUGUGUGGUAUGCAAGGGCAGCUGUCCAAAUCUGGAUAAGUGUCACCGUUUCAGUGAAUUGGGGUACAACGCCAGGUGGGCUGCGGUGAAGGAGUUCGGGUUAUGCCGGAAGUGCCUCCGGAAACACAACGGUACGUGUAAAUACAAGCAAGUUUGCGGGAAGAAUGGGUGUACAUUUAAACACCAUCAACUUCUCCACAACAACCAACGUGAUGGAGCUGCCACCAACGUUUCCAGAGCUUCGGGCGAGAACUCCGCUACAAUUGCGCAAAACACUUCCGUUCGUGAAUGCAAUGCUCAUCACAAAUUCACAAACAAAGGACUUUUCCGAGUAGCGCCGGUUAUCAUCCAUGGACCGGGUAAGUCCAUCAAGAACUUUGCGUUCCUGGACGAUGGGUCGUCACUCACACUUGUGGAUUCAUCGAUAGUGCAGGAGUUGAAGCUACAAGGAAAAUCGGAACCGUUAUGCCUCAAGUGGACUGGCAACAAGAGGCGAAUGGAGAGUGAUUCACUAAAGUUGGACCUUGAGAUUUCCGGAACAGGACAGAUACAGAAGAAAUAUCGCCUCGCAGGAGCUCAUACUGUUGCUAGCCUGGAUCUGUUCCAUCAGUCCGUAGAUAUGCGAAAGCUGAGUGAAAAAUAUUCUCAUCUGCAGGGUAUUCCGAUCGAGUCUUAUAAAAAUAUUCAACCACGAAUCUUGAUCGGAAUCGAUAACGCCAACCUCACAUUACCACUCAAGGGAAGGGAAGGAAAGAUGUACGAACCAAUCGCAACGAAAACGCGUCUUGGAUGGAUCGUCCACGGAGGUGCGGAUACCGGAGAAGCUCUAGUGGGACACCACAACCACAGCGUCCAGACUUGCCCAUGCAGCGAGCGGUCCGAUGAAAUGUUGCAGCAAGCUGUACGUGACUACUUCUCUCUGGAUGGGCUUGGGAUCUACAAGUCGGAAAAGCUUCUCAUCUCUAACGCAGAACAGCGCGCGCAGCGAAUACUGGAGUCAGCCACCCAGAAGGAAAGCGGUCGAUACCAAGUUAGCCUUCUAUGGAAGUUCGACGACAUCAAGUUACCCAACAGCAAACCGGCAGCUUUACGGCGUUUCCAUUGCUUGGAGGCUAGAAUGAAGAAGCAGCCGGAUCUAGCGGAAGUAUUGCGAGAGAAGAUCGAAGAUUACCGACUGAAAGGGUACAUCAGGAAACUUUCCGACGAGGAGUUGCAAACUUCACAAGAGCGGGUGUGGUAUCUGCCAUUGUUCCCGGUGUUCAACCCAAACAAACCCGGAAAGGUGAGAAUCGUGUGGGAUGCAGCAGCUAAAACCAACGGUGUUUCACUGAACUCAAUGCUCCUGACAGGGCCGGACCUUCUCACACCGCUCGACUACGUUCUCUACCGGUUCCGAGAAUUCCUAGUGGGGCUCAGUGGUGACAUCAGGGAGAUGUACUUGCAGGUGUUCAUGUGCAAGAAGGAUCAGCAUUGUCUCAGAGUGCUCUGGUGCGACGACUCGUCUGGUGACCCAAGCAUCUACGUGACACAAGUUAUGCCGUUCGGUACCUGCUGUUCGCCAAGCUGCGCACAAUACGUGAAAAACCUCAACGCCCGCAAGUUUGAACGAGAAUAUCCUGCAGCCGCUCAAGCGAUCACCAAGCAACACUAUGUGGACGACAUGCUGGUGAGCGUCGAAUCAGAACAGGAGGCCAUUCAGCUCGCCAGGGAUGUAAAAUUCGUGCACACUCAUGCUGGGUUCGAUAUGCGAAACUGGAUUUCCAACUCACCUGCAGUCGUGGAGGCGAUGAAGGAAGAGAAGACCAACGAGAAGAGCUUAAAUCUCACGAUGGAACUGGGAACAGAGAAGGUUUUGGGUAUGUGGUGGUGUACGUCUACCGACACGUUCACCUACAAGCUUUCACCAAAGCAUGACCGGGAGCUGCUCGAAGGUAAACGCAAACCGACGAAGCGGGAGGUUCUACGGACGUUAAUGGUUGUCUUUGAUCCGCUAGGACUGAUAUCGAACGUGCUCAUCUACCUGAAGGUUCUCUUCCAAGAAGUUUGGCGAGCUGGCAUCGGAUGGGAUGACGUGAUUCCGGAAAGUCUCAACGAAAAAUGGGAGAAAUGGUUGGAGAUUCUACCGAAGGUGCAGGACAUCAGCAUACCUCGCUGUUACCGUUCCUUGACGGAACUGAGUCCACACACGAACAUCCAAUUGCACACGUUUGUCGACGCAAGCCUGUCAGGCUACGCAGCGGUCGUUUAUCUACGUUUUGAGCAGGGCAGCACUGUGGAAUGUGCUAUCGUAGGUGCGAAGACUCGGGUGGCUCCCCUCAAGUUUGUGUCCAUACCGAGGUUGGAGUUACAGGCCGCGGUCAUCGGAGUCAGGUUGGCUGAUAGGAUUACGAAGUCCUUGUCGUUCAAGGUUCAUCAGCGGUUUUUCUGGAGCGACUCGCGUGACGUCCUGUGCUGGAUCCGGUCAGAUCAUCGGCGGUAUUCGCAAUUCGUUGCAUUCCGCAUCAGUGAAAUUCUGGAAACAACGAACAUAGCAGACUGGGGUUACAAGCGGUCGAAGGAAAAUGUUGCUGACGAUGCUACCAAGUGGCAGGGUAUGCCAAACCUCACCGAAGAUAGCCGGUGGUUCAAAGGACCCAGUUAUUUGUGGGAACGUCAAGACCGCUGGCCAUCUAAUCCGUACCGUGAAGCUGGCACCCAUGAAGAACUCCGUGCAAAUCUCUUCUACCAUCAGGUGCAACCUCAACCAAUCAUCAACGUUCGUGAAUAUUCUUGUUGGGGGCGCCUGUUACGAGUCACAGCUACAAUAUUUAGAGCCUCACGCAACAUGCGCAGCAACGCGAAUAACACAGAACGCAUCACUGGUCCGCUAUCAGCUGAGGAACUGAAGCAUGCAACUAACUAUUUGCUUCGACUUGCUCAGGCAGAAGCCUUUCCAGACGAGAUAAGUGUCCUUAGCGCGGGUGCUGCCAGCAAGGCGUUGCAAACGUCGAGUACGAUCUACGUACUGAACCCUUUCAUGGAUGAGCAGAAGGUACUUCGGAUGCAUGGCAGGAUCAACGCAUGCGAGAACGCUUCCAUGGACGCUAGGAAUCCAAUAAUUCUCCCGAAAGAUCAUCAUGUCACAUGGCUCAUACACGGAGAAUAA